AUGGCGACCCUAAAUGAUCUCCCUCCUGAGAUCGUACAUCAGUUGUUCCCAUCGUCCUCUUUACUGGAACAGUUCUGUGUCACCAAAUCGGAUGCAGAUCUGGCCAAAGAGAUUCAACCAGCUUGGUCUUCGGCAUUGAAUCUUUCACGUACUUGCAAGAAGUAUCGUAACAUGCUAGCUCCUGAGCUUUACCGCCACAUCAGCAUUCAUGGAUCCAACAGCUUCCAAAAGCUCAAGUGCUUCAUUCAGUUUCUGAUCAACAACAAAGAUGUUGCCUUCAACAUCCGAAGACUUUAUCUACACUUAGAUCCCAGCAACACGGAGACCAAGGGCUUCACAGAGGCGGAUCUUGAAUGGAGUCACUGGGCUGCCAGGCAAUCAGGCGCUCCGUCGCCGUACUACCUAUGGCACUCGGAAGAUGGGAAGCUCCUCCAAAUGUCGGAAUCUCGACGCUCCAGAACUCGGAUCUUGCACCUUGGCAUUCUCCUCGAAAUCAUCCUUUCGCGUGUACACGGGCUGCAAGAGCUAGGUCUCGCAGUGCCGGGAGGUCUGUUCUGCGACCAGUAUGGCCCAUGGUCCAGAACCGAGCUCGAUGGUCUGCUAUGGACAGGAGAGCCAGGCCCUUCAGAUCCCCUCAAGAUUCGGACCUUUCGGGGUGUCCAGCGGCCACUUCCGAAUAUCAAGACGCUCGCUCAUCAGAACACGACGACUAUUCUCAUCACUCUCUGCCUUGAUCUCAAUGACUGGUAUCGAGGAGAGUACGAGGCUAUCAGGAGUCUUUCAGACUUCAACAACCUAGAGAAUCUCUGGGUCGAUGCCUCGACUGUGUUGAAGAAAGUCAAAUAUGGCUCCUUCAGUCGUUCGGAAAAGCACAAGCGACUCACACACAAGCUCAGCAUUUCUUUGCCCCCCUCGAUCAAGCGUCUUCACCUGGCAGGUAACGAGCCUCAAGUUCGUCAUAACAUGUGCGAGGUGUUGACAGAUCGCAAGAAAUUCCCCAACUUGAGAUUGGUUGAACUGGAGGACUUCAUCCGGAGAUUCCCAGAACUUUGGGAUCGUAAUGAGGAAGACAGCGACGAAGAUGACGCGGGCCAGAACGAUAUUGACGAUGCUGGUGGCGACUUGACAUUCUCGGCUAUGAAUGAUGGUGACGGCAAUGGUGGCGGAAGCUACUUGCAAGAUGGUAAUGCUAAGGAGGAAGACAUCGGCGAGACUAUCCAAGACACGAAAUUGUCAUACCAGGAGCGGUUCAUUAGAGCGGGUAUCGAAUCUCCAAGCACCGUGUGCACGCUUGGGGAGUUGUGGUAAAGGAAUCCCCUUU